AUGUUGGCAAUCAUUUUUUUAUUUUUUAUUUUCCAUAUAUCAUUAUCGGAUAGAUGGUAUUCAAAAUCCCAGUGUACUCAAAAAGAAUUCGCUAAUCAUAUGGAUAUAAAUUGUAAUUCAAAUGAAUAUAUCCUCAUUGGUUGGUCACAUUAUGGUACGAAGAAAUCAUUUCGUCGUAUUAAUUCCUCAUCAAAUUGUGAACCGUUGGAAACAGAUUGUAUUAUGGAUUAUACACAUAAGAUAGCUGAGCUGUGUAAUGGUGCAUCGAAAUGUGAAGUUAUUUUAACUCAACAAUUUAUUCAUAAAUGUUCAGAUGAAGCAACAUAUUUAUUUAUUUCUUAUCAAUGCAUACAAAAUUCAACAAUUGUUGAUAUAUGUUCACAACGUAGUAUAACUUCACUGAAUGCUAUAAGUGUAAUUAGUCCCAUGUUUCCCAACGAAUAUCCAAAUAAUAUUAAUUGUACUUGUUCAGUCGAAUCAAAGACAAAAUCUAAUGUCAUCAUUGACGUUGAGAGUCUUUCGUUUAAUUUACAAGAUAAUGAUAAUUUAUUAUCAUUCUCAGGAACAAUACCAUUUGGUGCAUCAUUAUUAACAGUAAAAAAUCAACUUGAUUUAAAAUUUCAAACAGAUGAAACAUUAAGUCAAUCUGGAUUUUGGAUUCGUUUAUAUGGUUAUGAGCAAUGUUAUGACGAUGAAUAUGUUCUUGGUUCGAAAUGUAUAAAAGUUUUUUCAAGAAAACAAACAUGGAAAUCAGCGAAAGAAAAAUGUUUAUCAAUCAACUCAGAUUUAAUUCGUUUAAAUGAUAUUAUUCAAGAAAAAAAGUUAGCAUAUUUUAUUUUAACAAAUAAUCAACAGCAAUCAACAUCAUUUUGGAUAUCAAAUGAAAAAGAAAAUUAUGACAUGAAUUCAUGGUGGCCAUGGCGAUCAUCAUCGAAUACAGGAAAAUGUGUAUUACGUACCCAAGAUGGUUGGAUAAAACGGUCAUGUAACGAAGAGCAAGCAUUUAUAUGUGAACGAGAUAUAAAUCGACAAUCAAUACCAUUGACUGUACAAUGUGGAAAUGUUCAAAAAACAACAAUGUUACCGAUGAAAACAAUAACCAAAACCGUAGAAUCAUCAUUAACAUCUUCAUCAUCACCAUUACUAUCAUCAUCAACAAAAACCACGGCAAUAAUAGUAACAAAUGUGCCACAUAUAACUAUUCCAUUGAUGAUACAUCAAGAAGAAGUUGCAUCAAAAAUUUCUGAAAAAAACUUUUUCGUUGGCCCAUCAUCCUCUAUAGUUAAAAAUGAAUUAAAAGAUAGAACCAAUACUAUCGAUCCAAAUGUUCUUGCAGUGAUAUUAACUGGCAUAGCCAUCAUUAUAUUUUUCGUCAAUAUAGUUGUUUGCUAUAUUUUUAGAAAGCGUCCACAAGAUCCAUCAAAAUUUACAGCACAACAUGAUUCGAGUUCAUCAUUUAUUCAUGAAGAACUACAACAUAGUCUGAUGCAACAUAUCUAUCAUGAACAAACAAAUACCAUUUCAUCAAGAUCAAUAUCAUCAUCUUCUUCAAAAAAUUCGCAAUCAAAAUCAAAUGAUACAACGACAACAGCGUCGACAAAUCUUUUUCAAUUGUCUUCAGUUAUUCAUCCUUCUAAUUCGUUUCGAACAGAUACUGCUUCAAAACCUUUAUGUUUUCGAAAUCCGCAUGUCUGCAAUGAUUCAGUUGAUUACCAUGUUUACGAAACUAUACCAUCAGAAUAUCCUAUCUAUACCUUUUGCGCCGCUCAUAGUGCUUUCAAACCAGUCGUUCAAUCGAAUACACAUACUAUUCGGCCAUAUCUUUCACAAGCAAAUACUCUUCAGCGUCAUCUGUCUUCUUCACAACAGUCUUAUGAUAAAUUAUCAUCUAUUCUACCAAAUGCGACUGUUGUAAUGCCUAUCUGUUGUCAUCUUUAUUCAUCACAAUAUCCAACAGAAACUUUAAGGCAAAAUUUGAGUGCAAUAUCAGCACAAGUUGAAACACAGGAGCCAAUCUAUAAUCGUUCGGAAAGUAUUGUAUAA